AUGGCCGCGCUCCUCGGCCCCGUGUUGUUCAUUUACUUCACAUGUAUAUCUACUGUCCAGACUACUGACUGUCUACACUUGAGAGAGCAAUGUAUUAAUGCUGGAAAUGGAUGCGAGAGAGUCUGGAAUGUGGUUGAAGAUGCCUGCAAUAUUUCAGGUAAUAGAUGCAAGGCAGAAGACACUGUUGGAUGUAAUAGAAUAAUCCAGGUCCUGGCUGAUGAAUACCCAGAAUUUAGAAACUGUGUCUGCACUACAGACGAUAUCUGUAGCAUCACAACUUUGCUUGGGAAACUGUGCAGCAUUAAUAAAGACUAUUUGGAGUCUCCCUCAAGGUCAGCCACGGAACCGGGUGUCCCACACAGGAGGCGCGAAGGCCGCAGGCGCUCGGCGGAGCUGCAGAGCUGCAGUGUGGCGAAGCGGCGCUGCCGGGAGGAGCCUCGCUGCUCUGCUGUGCACAGGAGCUUCCAGAGGGCCUGCCAGGCAGCCGCAGACACCUGCAGCUUCCCCGGGCCUGCAAAGUGCUCCUUAGCCUGGAAAGAGCUGAGGAAAACGGCUCUGGGAAGGUGCACGUGCUCAGAGCCGCUUCAGACGAGAUGCAUCAAAAUCUGGGAGGGAAUAUUUAACAACCCUUGUUUACAGUACCCUCAGGAGAGCCAAGCCUCAGGAGCCAGUGAAAGCGAUGGCAGUGAUGAUGACUAUAAUGCUGAUGUUGAUGGUGAGAAAAAUCUGGUCACUGACACAAACAAUAUUAGUAUGGAAACAAAAUUACAAUGGGGUUUAUCUGCUCUCUCCAAACAAGUGCACACAACAAACAGGAGCUGUUUGGAUGUGAACAGGGAGUGCGUUGAAGAUGAAGUUUGUAACAAACAGUUGUCCCUGUACCUAAAAGUUUGCUCAGUAAAUAAGAAGUGCAACAUGGAAGGAUGUCAAGCAGCCAUAAGGUUCUUCUAUCAAAACAUGCCUUUUGAAGUUGCCCAAAUGAUGAUAUUUUGUGACUGCAUCCAGCAUGAUGAAUCCUGCCACAGAGCCAAAGAACUUCUCCAUGGCAAGCCCUGUGCAGUUACCGUAGUUCCACCCCCAUCAUGUCUGAAUGUAAUCCAGAUGUGUGAAGAGAAUGAAUUGUGCAGGAAAAAAUACACAACUUUUCGGUCAAAGUGCUGGAGACAUGUGACAAAAAAAUGUUAUAAUGACGAAGCCUGUCUUGAAACUUUGCUCAAGGAUGACAUGCCCUGUUCUGCCACCACUGAUUGCAGAGCAGCCUACAUCAGCAGCUGGGGCACGAUGCUGCACACGGAGUGCACCUGCCAAAAUCUGCCUCCCAUGGAGCAGCCUUUGUGUGAGCUCUUCCAUCACAUGCUGCACAGCAAAUCCUGCUUCCGUGACUUACGUAAAAUUUCUAUUCAAAAGAAGGGUUUUCACUGGGUAAAUACAGAAAUGCCAGGGGAAAAGAUUUCUGGAGCACAGCUCCAUUCUUCUGCAAUUAAUGGUGAAACUGUCUACAUUAUUGCUUACUCUUCCUGCAUAGCUCUCAUCCUAGGAAUAGUCCUGUUGACUCUCCUAAAGAUCAGAGCCUGCAGAACAAAAUAUGAGUCAAGAAGUCCCUCGCCAGACCAUUCUUCUGAAACAUUUAUGGCCCAUUAUAAAAGUCACAGAUGAACUACUCUGUUGCUUAUGCUUUUUAUGGCUAUUCCUGAAAGCCAGCCUGUUGUACAUAUGUGAUAAUAAAAUAUAUAUUAGAAAAACUACUAUAAAUUAUGAAAUUUUGUAGUUAAGCAUACAAAAUAUUUUUUAUAUUUAUUAGCUUAUUUUUAGCCUUUUGAAAGCUGAAAAAAGGGGGUAAAAAUGGUAAAGCUGUGCUCUUUCUUAUUUGUGUAGAUUCACAGAUCUGUCCUGAGCUCUACAUUUCCUUCAUUUUUAGUUGCACAUGACACUGGUAUAAAUGGUAUAUCAACAAUGACAAUCUUUGAAGUCCAUCCUUUCUGAUCUCAACUCAUCUGGAAGAAAUAAAAAACAUCCACUCAGAAACAUUUUAGAGACCUGAUAAAGGGCACAUAUCUGGCAGUUUUGUAUACCUGGCUCCCAGGUACCACGUACCUGAAGCAACAGUCACAGCAAAGCUGUCUGUAGUUUGAUGCUAGAGCACUUGCAGGGUAGGAAGAGAUCAGGAUUACAGCCCCCUUAAGAACUAAAAUGACUCUCUGGAAUAAUGCUUUGACUCCAAAAUGUAGUUGCUGAAAAUGUUUUUAAUUUCUCCCCAAUAUGCUUCUAAAAGAAACUAGUGGAGUUUGCCACUUUGAAUACAAUAACUUUAGAAAGCUUUUUUUUGUCUGAAUGAAUGCCCAGUGGAGAAAGUCACUUGUUUGGGGCUGAAGUGCCUGCUUCUCAAGAGAGAAGCUGUGACCCAUCUCAUCAUCUGUUUCCUAUUCAUUGUCUCUAGGCAAGACGCGAAGUGCCUAAUUGUCCCCUUGCACUGUCCUGGGAGCCAUGGUCCCUAAACACCAUCCUGGAUCCCACUUUGUGGCUAUGAGCUCUGGAUUUCUCUCUAUAGACGAGUUGUUUUGCUAGAUUUAAGCUUCUGUUUACUACCAGUGAGUUGUCUUUGUUAAAUAUUUGUAGCAGUCUGGUUCUGGUGAGCACAAAAUAAUGGACUGCAGUUUCUUAUUCAGCAGUUACCAUGAAUAGCACAUGUAUGGUCUUGUUAUAAUAGUAUUUGAUUAAUUAACCUUUUUUGGUAUGUGAUUAGUUUUAAUUUUGUUUGAAUUAUCACUAAAUGUAACUCACUCACCUCCAGUUUUGACCAUGAGACCAAUGGUCUAGGGCCACAUCUAGUGCUAGAUGACAGAUCUAGGACUAGAAAUUAAUAUGAUCAGAAAGAACAGAAUCCCUGCUCUUCUAUGUGACUCUUGCUUCUGGCUUUGGUAGC